CCGAAAGACCUGUCGCCAAGUCACAGCCAACUACUGGCAUCGAUCAUGCUCCUACUCACUUUCAUCCUCCCGUUCAACCUCGUCACUCUCGGCAUAUGGGCAAGAACGCUAUGGCUCGAUUGGCGAAGCGCAUUCUCAUCUGACCACAAUAUUCUUAGAGUCAUACCACUGCUAGGUCUUGUUGAGUUGAGCUCCCGCACUCAGGAGCUACACUCUAGGCAUUUAUUCAUCCGAGUUGCUCAAGCAUGUCUGCUGCUCCUCAGCCUCAUUGCAUUUCUCUUUGGGGGCAGGCAUAUGUAUAUUCUUCCUUACCUUGUAGAUCCAGUCCUCCUAUGCUUGUGGGGAAUCCUCUGGCCAUAGAUCUAUGCAUAGCACACACAACGCCAC